ACACGGCGAGGAUAAAGCAAAAUGGCGUUUGACGGAGAAGACGUUAUUGCAGUCGUCACAACUCAGUGUUCUUAACCUGUGUGUCCAUGUACACAUAUAUGUCGUUUAUUAGACUCUAUUAAAUAGAGUAAAUAUAGUUAAGAAUUGUUUGCAUCCGGUUAUAUUAGUCUGAGCGCACUUUGAUGCUACUCGAGCUAGUUUAGCUUGCUAGUUAGCUUAGCUUGUUAGCUGCUAACAAGGAGACGCAGAAGUGAUCAAAAAUAUCGCUAAGCAGAGAUCAAGUGUGAGUGUAAAGUGUUGUGAUUGUGUGAAAAUGUGCGAAAGAACGAUAGCAGAGUACGAGGAGGAACUUUGUCCAACAAAAGAGGAGAAGGAGCGACAACAUCAAAAACUUCAAGUUGUGUUACACAGAACAAACCUCCAUCAGCUGAUUGAACACCAAGAAGAAUGUCUCCCUCAUCUGCAGGGGGACAGUUUCACUUUAGAGUAUCCACAGCCCUCACAUUUUAAAGGGGACGAGGAGGAUCCACAGCCCUCACAUUUUAAAGAGGAAGACGAGGGAGAGUGUCUUCUUGGACAGGAGGGGACUGACCUCAUCAAGUUUCCGCUGACUGUUGUCUCUGUGAAGACUGAAGACCAUGAAGACAAACCACCUGAGUCCUCACACCUUCAUCCCAGUUCAAACGUCUGUGAAGAACAUCUCCCUGAGCAGCAAGAGCGGACCUCAAGGAUGGAGCGGAAUCAGUCACAACCCCCCUAUAUUAAAAAGGAAAAGGAGGAGCUGCAGUACCCCCACAUUGAAGAGGAAGAGGAGUCAAAGCAACCCCACAUUAAAGAAGAAGAAGAGGACCCACUGACCCCCCAUUUUAAAGAGGAAGCUCUACAUUACCCUCACAUCAAAGAGGAAGAGGGGGAACACAGCAUCAGUCAGGAGGGAGAGCAUCUUGAACGUUUGGAGGAGUUCCCAGUGAUUGGUGUGAUUGUGAAGAGUGAAGAUGAUGAGGUCAAAGGUGAAAGUGAGGAGAAGAGAGAGGCGGAGCCUCCAAGCAGCAGCUCAACUCAACACAUGACAACAGAAGCUGAUGGAGACCACUGUGGAGGAUCACAAGCAGACAAGAUCUUAGCUCCACUAUCAGAUAGUGACGACACAACGUCUCACUCUCCUGACACUGAUGAUGAAGACUCUGAAGAUGAUAAGACAUGUCACACUGACAACACACAUUUGACAUGUUCUUACUGUGACAAAACUUUUAAAUAUCUGAGUGAUCUGAAAGUACACAUGAGAACACACACUGGAGAAAAACCUUUUUCCUGUUCAGUUUGUGGCAAAGGUUUUACACAAAGUGAAGAUUUGAAAAGACACUUGAGAAUACACACUGGAGAAAAACCUUUUACCUGUUCAAUAUGUUGUAAAAGUUUUGCACUAAGUCAAUGUUUGAAAAGACACACGAGAACGCACACUGGAGAAAAACCAUAUUCCUGUUCAAGCUGCAACAAAACGUUUUCUGACCAAUCAGCACUUGUAAGACACACAAUGAUACACACUGGAAAGAAACCUUUUGGGUGUCCAAUUUGUGGUAAAGGUUUUGCACUAAAAAAAUAUUUGAAAAGUCACACAGGAACACACAGUGGAGAAAAAAACUUUUACGUGUUCAAAUUGCAACAAAAGCUUUUAUGAGCGAGCAAAACUUGUAGCACACAUGAGAAAACACACUGGAGAAAAACCCUUUUUCUGCUCAAUCUGCGGUAAUCGUUUUACUCAAAGGCAUACUUUGAAAACACACAUGAGAAUGCACACUGGAGAGAAACCUUUUUCCUGUUCAAUCUGUGGUAUAGAUUUUACUCAAAGACAGCAUUUGAAAACACACAUGAGAAUACACACUGGAGAAAAACCUUUUCCCUGCUCAGAAUGCGGUAAAGGUUUUGUACGAAAAAAUUGUUUGAAGGAACACAUGAGUACGCACACUGGAGAAAAAUCGUAUUCUUGUUCAAUCUGUAGUAAAGGUUUUGGACGAAGUCAGUAUUUGAAAAGACACAUGCAGAACCAUAGUUGAAAGAGUGUUGUGUUGCGGUGUGUGAACUGUCAAAACUGACUUUCUAAUAACACAUAACAUGUGUGACAUUGCUGUUGUCUGUGUAACACAAUCUUGUUAAUAGGAUACUAACAUUUAUGGAUUAGAUAUAUUCGAUCAGUGUUUUUUUUAUAGUUAAAUACAGGCAUUAUUAUGUAAAAUUGUGUACUUUGAUUUAAAAAUGAAAAGAACAAUUUGACUGAAAAGGCUAGAGUAAAAAGUACAAAACAUGUUCUUCUGGACCACUUCUGGAAGCAUAUUGUUAUUUACUUUAUACAUCAUUUAAACAGUUGUGUUUUAUACAAGAUACUUUACUUUUAAAUUGAGUGACUUUAUGAAUCAUUUGUUGGGUCUUGAUAAUCCAUUCUAUUAAUUAUCUUUAUUACUCUCUUUUGUAAUAUGAAUAUUGUUUUGUGAUUGUUUUAUAUGUAUGUCCCCAGACCUUUUUGCAAUAAACGAUGUAUGCUUCAACAAAAUUUGGGAACAAUAAACAUAGUUACUUUUUGUGAGUAUGUAUUUUUUCCAUUUAAUAUUGCAGGCAUUUUUGAUGUUUUGUUCUUGUGAUUUAAAAAAAAAAAAGAAAUCUGUCUUUAUAGCACUCACACUUGUCUCAAUGCGCGUUGCAUUGAGCUUCAUUAGUUGAACAUGAACUAUGUCACAACCCUCCAGUC